UGUUGUCGCAGGGUAACCGACGACAUUCUGGCGAUGGCGCGCCCCAGCACAGCCAAUAUCGCCGCUAGGAAUAUUAUACAACAGUUCCACAGCUGGGGUAUUCGUACGGUGAUCAACCUGCAGACGCCGGGGGAGCACGCCAGCUGCGGGCCUCCGCUCACCAAGUCAGGGUUCACGUAUGACCCCACUAUCUUUAUGGCUAAUGACAUAUAUUACUACAACUUUGCCUGGCCGGACUACGGCGAGGCGAGUUUGAGCGGCCUCCUCAACAUGGCAAAGGUCUUAUCAUUCGCCCUUCAAGAAGGAAGAGUUGCCAUACACUGUCAUGCAGGCCUAGGCAGAACAGGCGUGUUGAUAGCCUGCUACCUUGUCUACUCGCUCCGCAUCAGAGCCAACGACGCCAUCCGGCUCGUUCGCAAGAAGAGGCCCAAGUCAGUCCAGACGUCAGGACAAAUACUCUGCGUGCAGCAGUUUGAGCACUAUAUACUGCCGCAGACAGUCGUCUUUAGUUCCAAGGAAACUUUAAACCUGACCAAAGACAGGAAGACCUCUGAGUUCACGUUAAAACAAUAUUUGUAUAGACAACACGCAACGCUGCAUGGACUGGAAGAAAGAGCUUUCAGAGAGCUGCCUAAAAUAGUGUACUGUCUCUGUGAACGCCUGCUAAAGCUGUGCGGGUGCAGCCAGAGCGUCGGGAUGGACUUCCGAGUUAAGAACAAGCCGUUCUUCAAGUCCUUCAUGGUGUACAAACUGAGGAAGAGCAAGCCUCCCGAUCCCACCACACCGGAAGAAGCUGCCACGGAACUGGAUCACAUAGCCUCACUACCCAUGGUGGAGUGGCGCGAUCCCGUGCAGGAAGACAUAGAGCGGAACCUGGAGACCGUCACCAGGAUAACAGGCACAUCCACCAACGGCAGCAUACCGGCCGUGCAGAUAUACGAGGCAUUCACAGUAGACCAUCAUAGUCUUCCAGAAGAAAGGCAAAAACAUUUGAAACAGCUGAGAAAUGACAUCAAUCAACACAGAGAGGCCUUUGAUAAGAUCAACUCAGAGAGCGACCCUACAAUUCUAACAGGUCUGCUGUUCGAGUGGCUCGAAGGCCUGAAGCAGCCUGUCUUGGACCGAGAAGACUUGUCUAUCAUCGUCGGCAGAGCUUACAAUGUGGAGUCCUGUAUACUGGCCUUGACUUUGGAAGAUAUAAUGCUGAUAGAGUACCUCCUUCGCUUCGUAACACGUCUGCGUCCGCUCGCGGCCAACAAGAAAGUGGACAUCCUGAAGAGGCUACUCGCCUCACUCACACAUCAAACUAUCGGUAUUAACGGACGAUGUCUUCCUACCCGCAAGGACUUCCAGAGACUAAGAGACGGCACAUGCAGCCAAGUGAUAAACUUCAUGCUGCGAAUGAUAGUCGAACUGCAGAAGGAUAUGAUGAAGCCAGGCAAAGAUGACGCCGAUGUGGUCGUGCCUAGCCGUAGGAUUAGGAUAAGAGCUUGGAAAUAAAUGGCAUUCAUAAAA